GCGCAGCCCGCGCGGCGUCACGUGACCUCUGGUUCUGUCCCCGGCCGCGCUGCCGGAUCCCCGCCCCAGCGCGCCCGCGGUGUCACAUGAUACCUGCCCCCCUCUCCCCCGCUAGCCAAUCCCCUCCCUCCCGGCUUGCGCGGCGUCACAUGGACGCUACUCGCUGUCCGCGGCCUGUUGGUUUGUUCCGCGGUGGAGUAUCCAGAUAGGCAACACUGCGGCGCCGGCUGAGGCGGGAAUGGCUGCUAUACUGCAGCGCGUCGAGCGGCUGUCCAAUCGAGUCGUGCGUGUGUUGGGCUGUAACCCGGGUCCCAUGACCCUCCAGGGCACUAACACCUACCUAGUGGGGACCGGCCCCAGGAGAAUCCUCAUUGACACUGGAGAACCAGCAAUUCCAGAAUAUAUCCGCUGUUUAAAGCAGGCUCUAACUGAAUUUAACACAGCAAUCCAGGAAAUUGUAGUGACUCACUGGCACCACGAUCAUUCUGGAGGCAUAGGAGAUAUUUGUAAAAGCAUCAAUAAUGACACUACCUAUUGCAUUAAAAAACUCCCACGGAAUCCUCAGAGAGAAGAAAUUAUAGGAAAUGGAGAGCAACAAUAUGUUUAUCUGAAAGAUGGAGACGUGAUUAAGACUGAGGGAGCCACUCUAAGAGUUCUAUAUACACCUGGCCACACUGAUGAUCAUAUGGCUCUACUCUUAGAGGAAGAAAACGCUAUCUUUUCUGGAGACUGCAUCCUAGGGGAAGGAACAACGAUAUUUGAAGACCUCUAUGAUUAUAUGAACUCUUUAAAAGAGUUAUUGAAAAUUAAAGCUGAUAUUAUAUAUCCAGGACAUGGCCCAGUAAUUCAUAAUGCUGAAGCUAAAAUUCAAGAAUACAUUUCUCACAGAAAUAUCCGAGAGCAGCAAAUUCUUACAUUAUUUCGUGAGAACUUUGAGAAAUCAUUUACAGUAAUGGAGCUUGUAAAAAUUAUUUACAAGAAUACUCCUGAGAAUUUACAUGAAAUGGCUAAACGUAAUCUCUUGCUUCAUUUGAAAAAACUAGAAAAAGAAGGAAAAAUAUUUAGCAGCACAGAUCCUGACAAGAAAUGGAAAGCUCAUCUUUAGUUUCAGAUUAAAGAAAGCUUUGUUUUAUUUUGCUUUGAGAGAAUGGUAUGUUUUCUUAACUAUAGGUUAUUUUAUAGAGAGUAUAAAAGUAUAAAACAUUGAAAAUAACCCUAGAUAUGCUUUAAAAUAAUGUUAUAUUUAUGCUAAAAUAUAUGAAUUACACUAUACAACCAUAUGAUAGGUUAUUUCUCUAACCUUGGUUUUAUAACGUUUUACCAAAAAUUCAAAAUCUAAUAGUUUAUCAGUUUUCAAUAGAUUCAAUAAAAUGGUUACUUUAAAAAUAAUAAAAUUUAUCCAAUUUAAACUUGAUGUUAUUUUUGGUGGUCAGUUAUCUAUUAUUAGUGAUCAGUAAUACUGUUUUCUAUAGCUACUUUAUUUAACAGCACAGAUUUCUAUGUACCCUUACUCUUUUCUCAACCCUUGUCUCUAUCUGUACAUAAUUGCUUUGUCUUGAUGUUUCUAUCAACUAUAUCAUGACUAUCUAUUGGUUCCAUAACUCUGUAUCAUGUGUAUUUUCUUAUUCUGGUAUACCACAAAUGAUUCAUGCAAAUGAAUUUUUGGUGAUUGAAAAAUAUUAAAUUCCUAAUUUAAAGUAUUA